AUGGGACACAGUAAACAGAUUAGGAUUUUACUACUGAACGAAAUGGAAAAGCUGGAAAGGACCCUCUUCAGACUUGAACAAGGGUUUGAACUGCAGUUCCGAUUGGGCCCAACUUUACAGGGAAAAGCAGUUACUGUGUAUACAAAUUACCCACUUUCUGGAGAAGCAUUUAAUCGAGAAAAAUUCCAUUCCCUGGAAUGGGAAAAUCCAACAGAAAGAGAAGAUGAUUCUGAUAAAUACUGUAAACUUAAUCUUCAACAAGCUGGAUCAUUUCAGUAUUACUUCCUUCAAGGAAAUGAGAAAAGUGGUGGAGGUUACAUAGUUGUGGACCCUAUUUUACGUGUUGGUGCUGAUAAUCAUGUGUUACCCUUGGACUGUGUUACUCUCCAGACAUUUUUAGCCAAGUGUAUGGGACCUUUUGAUGAAUGGGAAAGCAGACUUAUGGUUGCAAAAGAAUCAGGCUACAACAUGAUUCAUUUUACCCCACUGCAGAUUCUUGGACUAUCCAGGUCAUGCUAUUCCCUUGCUGAUCAGUUAGAAUUAAAUCCUGACUUUUCAAGACCUAAUAAAAAGUACACCUGGACUGAUGUUGGACAGCUGGUGCAAAAAUUGAAAAGGGAAUGGAAUAUUCUUUGUAUAACUGAUGUUGUCUACAAUCAUACUGCUGCUAAUAGUAGAUGGCUCCAGGAACAUCCAGAAAGUGCAUAUAACCUUGUGAAUUCCCCACACUUAAAACCGGCCUGGAUCUUAGACAGAGCACUUUGGCAUUUAUCCUGUGACGUUGCAGAAGGGAAAUACAAAGACAGAGGAGUACCUGCUUUGAUUGAAAAUGAUCAUCAAAUGAAUUGCAUUCGAAAAAUAAUUUGGGAGGAUGUUUUUCCAAAGAUUCAACUCUGGGAAUUUUUCCAAGUAGAUGUUCACAAAGCAGUUGAGCAAUUUAGAGGACUUCUUACACAAGAAAAUAGGAAAACAACAAGGCCUGAUCCAGAUCACCACCUUAAGAUAAUUCAGGAUCCUGAAUACAGACGGCUUGGCUGUACUGUAGAUAUGAAUGUUGCUCUAGCAACUUUCAUACCACAUGACAAUGGGCCAACCGCAAUUAACGAAUGCUGCAAUUGGUUCAGGAAGAGAAUUGAGGAAUUAAAUUCAGAGAAACAUCAACUCAUGAACUAUCAUCAGGAACAGGCAGUCAAUUGCCUUUUGGGAAAUGUGUUUUAUGAACGACUGGCUGGCCAUGGUCCUAAACUAGGACCUGUUACUAGAAAACAUCCUUUGGUUACCAGAUAUUUUACUUUCCCUUUUGAAGACAUAUCCCUCUCUGUAGAAGAAUCAAUGAUUCAUGUCCCAAAUAAAGCUUGUUUUCUGAUGGCACAUAAUGGAUGGGUAAUGGGAGAUGAUCCCCUUCGAAAUUUUGCUGAACCAGGUUCAGAUGUUUAUCUAAGGAGAGAACUUAUUUGCUGGGGAGACAGUGUUAAAUUACGCUAUGGGAAAAAACCAGAGGACUGUCCUUAUCUCUGGGCACACAUGAAAAAAUACACAGAAAUCACUGCGACUUAUUUCCAGGGCGUCCGUCUUGAUAACUGUCACUCAACCCCUCUUCAUGUAGCAGAGUACAUGUUGGAUGCUGCUAGGAAAGUGCAACCCAAUUUAUAUGUAGUAGCUGAACUGUUCACAGGAAGUGAAGACCUGGACAAUGUCUUUGUUACUAGACUGGGCAUUAGUUCCUUAAUAAGAGAGGCAAUGAGUGCAUACGAUAGCCAUGAAGAGGGCAGGUUAGUUUACCGAUACGGAGGAGAACCUGUUGGAUCCUUUGUUCAGCCCUGUUUAAGGCCUUUAAUGCCAGCUAUUGCACAUGCCCUGUUUAUGGAUAUCACCCAUGAUAACGAGUGUCCCAUUGUGCAUAGGUCAGCAUAUGAUGCUCUCCCAAGUACCACAAUUGUUUCCAUGGCAUGUUGUGCUAGUGGUAGUACUAAAGGCUAUGACGAAUUAGUGCCUCACCAGAUUUCAGUAGUUUCUGAAGAGCGGUUUUAUACUAAAUGGAAUCCUGCAGCAUCACCAUCCAACGCUGGUGAAGUUAAUGCCCAAAGUGGCAUUAUUGCGGCCAGGUGUGCUAUCAAUAAACUUCACCAAGAGCUUGGAGCCAAGGGUUUUAUUCAGGUAUAUGUGGAUCAAGUUGAUGCAGACAUAGUGGCUGUAACAAGACAUUCACCCAGUAUCCAUCAGUCAGUCGUAUCUGUUUCCAGAACUGCUUUCAGGAAUCCCAAGACUUCAUUUUACAGCAAGGAAGUGCCUCAAAUGUGCAUCCCUGGCAAAAUUGAAGAAGUAGUUCUUGAAGCUAGAACUGUUGAGAGAAAUACAGCACCUUAUAGGAAGGAUGCUAAUUCAAUCAAUGGAAUACCAAACAUCACAGUAGAAAUUAGAGAACAUAUUCAGCUCAAUGAAAGUAAAAUUGUUAAACAAGCUGGAGUUACUACAAAAGGACCCAAUGAAUAUAUUCAAGAAAUAGAAUUUGAAAAUUUGUCUCCAGGAAGUGUUAUUAUAUUCAGAGUUAGUCUUGAUCCACAUGCGCAAGUUGCUGUUGGAAUUCUUCGAAAUCAUCUAACACAGUUCAGUCCUCACUUUAAAUCUGGGAGUCUUGCUGUUGACAACGCAGAUCCUAUAUUAAAAAUUCCUUUUGCUUCUAUUGCCUCUAGGUUAACUUUGGCUGAGCUAAAUCAGGUACUUUACCGAUGUGAAUCAGAAGAACAAGAAGAUGGUGGAGGAUGUUAUAACAUACCAAACUGGUUACCUCUUAAAUAUGCAGGUCUUCAAGGAUUAAUGUCCGUAUUGGCAGAAAUAAGACCAAAGAAUGACUUGGGGCAUCCGUUCUGUGAUAAUUUGAGAUCUGGAGAUUGGAUGAUUGACUAUGUCAGUAACCGACUUAUUUCACGGUCAGGAACUAUUGCUGAAGUUGGUAAAUGGUUGCAGGCUAUGUUCUUCUACCUGAAGCAGAUCCCACGUUACCUUAUCCCAUGUUACUUUGAUGCUAUAUUAAUCGGUGCAUACACCACUCUUCUGGAUGUAGCAUGGAAGCAAAUGUCAAGCUUUGUUCAGAAUGGUUCUACCUUUGUGAAACACCUUUCCUUGGGUUCAGUCCAAAUGUGUGGAGUAGGAAGAUUCUCUUCUCUGCCACUUCUUUCACCUUCCCUUACGGAUGUACCGUGCAGGCUGAAUGAGAUCACAAGAGAGAAGGAACAGUGUUGCGUGUCUCUUGCUGCAGGCUUACCUCACUUCUCUGCUGGUAUUUUCCGCUGCUGGGGAAGGGAUACUUUUAUUGCCCUUAGAGGUCUACUGCUGAUUACUGGACGCUAUUUGGAGGCCAGGAAUAUCAUUUUAGCAUUUGCUAGUACCCUGAGACACGGCCUCAUUCCUAAUCUCCUGGGUGAAGGAACUCACGCCAGAUACAACUGCCGGGAUGCUGUGUGGUGGUGGCUGCAGUGUGUUCAGGAUUAUUGUAAAAUGGUUCCAAAUGGUCUGGACAUUCUCAACUGCCCAGUUUCCAGAAUGUAUCCUACAGAUGACUCUGUUCCUUUGUCUGCCGGCACAGUGGAUCAACCAUUGUUUGAAGUAAUACAGGAAGCUAUGCAAAGACACAUGCAGGGCAUACAGUUCCGAGAAAGGAAUGCUGGUCCACAGAUAGAUCGGAACAUGAAGGAUGAAGGUUUUAAUAUUACUGCAGGGGUUGAUGAAGAAACAGGAUUUGUUUAUGGAGGAAAUCGCUUCAAUUGCGGUACAUGGAUGGAUAAAAUGGGAGAAAGUGACAGAGCUAGAAACAAAGGAAUCCCAGCCACUCCAAGAGAUGGAUCUGCUGUGGAAAUUGUGGGCCUGAGUAAAUCUGCUGUUCGUUGGUUGCUGGAAUUAUCCCAAAAAAAUAUUUUUCCUUAUCAUUAUGUUACAGUGAAAAGACAUGGAAAGCUUGUGAGAGUCUCAUAUGAUGAAUGGAACAGAAAAAUACAAGAGAACUUUGAAAAGUUAUUUUAUGUGUCAGAAGACCCUGCAGAUGUCAAUGAAAAGCACCCUAAUCUGGUACACAAGCGGGGCAUAUACAAAGACAGUUAUGGAGCAUCAAGCCCAUGGUGUGACUACCAGCUUAGGCCUAACUUUACCAUAGCAAUGGUUGUGGCCCCUGAGCUCUUUACGACCCAAAAAGCAUGGAAGGCUUUGGAGAUUGCAGAAAAAAAAUUGCUUGGUCCUCUUGGCAUGAAAACUUUGGAUCCAGAUGAUAUGGUUUACUGUGGAACUUAUGACAAUGCCUUAGACAAUGACAACUAUAAUCUUGCUAAAGGUUUCAAUUAUCACCAAGGACCUGAGUGGCUAUGGCCUAUUGGGUAUUUUCUUCGUGCAAAAUUGUACUUUUCCAGAUUGAUGGGUCCGGAGACGACUGCAAAAACUAUAUUUUUGGUUAAAAAUGUCCUUUCUCGACAUUAUGUUCAUCUUGAGAGAUCCCCUUGGAAAGGACUUCCAGAGCUGACCAACGAGAAUGGCCAAUACUGUCCUUUCAGCUGUGAAACACAAGCCUGGUCAAUUGCUGCUGUUCUUGAAACACUCUAUGACUUAUAG